CCAAUUGGCUCUCGGGGCUGCCUUUUAGCCGGACGCGCCGAGGUGGGCAAUCGGCUCCUUCCCUUGGGAAGUCCACGCCUUGUGGCGGCUUACGGAGCUGCUGCUUUGGCGGGAGUUGGCGGCUGGUGUGAGGUGAGAGGCGCGGUGGUCGCUCCCCAGCGAGGCCAGGUCAGAAGCGGACCGGGAUCAUCCAGGGGCUUUCCUGCUUCAAGAGCCUGGUCUGAGCGGCCUGUUCGCUACCUGGCAGGAGUUGAAGGGGAGGGAGCGCCGGCCAUGCGGGGCCUGUGGCGGGAGUUUCUGUGGGGGAAGGAGAGUGCCAGAGGUGACUGGUUCUUCUAGGCUCUCAUGGCCACCAUGUUGGAAGGCAGAUGCCAAACUCAGCCAAGGAGCAGCCCCAGUGGCCGAGAGACUAGCCUGUGGUCCUCAGGCUUUGGGAUGAAGCUGGAGGCUGUCACUCCAUUCCUGGGGAAGUAUCGCCCCUUUGUGGGUCGCUGUUGCCAGACCUGCACCCCCAAGAGCUGGGAGUCCCUCUUCCACAGAAGCAUAACGGAUCUAGGCUUCUGCAAUGUGAUCCUGGUGAAGGAGGAGAACACGAGGUUUCGGGGCUGGCUGGUUCGGAGGCUCUGCUAUUUCCUGUGGUCCUUGGAGCAGCACAUCCCCCCCUGCCAGGAUGCCCCACAGAAGAUCAUGGAAAGCACCAGGGUACAGAACCUCCUCUCAGGGAGGGUCCCAGGAGGCACUGGGGAAGGCCAGGUGCCCGACCUUGUGAAGAAGGAGGUACAGCGCAUCCUGGGUCACACCCAGGCCUCACCCCGUCCCUUCCUGGUCAGGCUGUUCAGCUGGGCGCUGCUGCGGUUCCUGAACUGCCUCUUCCUGAAUGUGCAGCUCCACAAGGGUCAGAUGAAGAUGGUCCAGAAGGCCGCCCAGGCAGGCUCGCCGCUUGUCCUCCUCUCUACUCACAAAACCCUCCUGGACGGGAUCCUGCUGCCCUUUUUGCUCCUCUCCCAGGGCCUGGGUGUGCUCCGUGUGGCCUGGGACUCCCGCGCCUGCUCCCCUGCCCUCAGAGCUCUGCUGAGGAAGCUUGGGGGGCUUUUCCUGCCCCCAGAGGCCAACCUCUCCCUGGACAGCUCUGAGGGGCUCCUUGCAAGGGCUGUGGUCCAGGCGGUCAUAGAGCAGCUGCUGGUUAGUGGGCAGCCCCUGCUCAUCUUCCUGGAGGAACCUCCUGGGGCUCUGGGGCCACGGCUGUCAGCCCUGGGCCAGGCUUGGGUGGGGUUUGUGGUGCAGGCAGUCCAGGUGGGCAUCGUCCCAGAUGCUCUGCUGGUACCAGUGGCCGUCACCUAUGACCUGGUUCCGGAUGCACCGUGUGACACAGACCAUGCCUCAGCCCCCCUGGGGCUGUGGACAGGAGCUCUGGCUGUCCUACGUAGUCUGUGGAGCCACUGGGGCUGCAGCCGCCGGAUCUGCUCCCGGGUGCACCUAGCUCAGCCCUUUUCCCUGCAGGAAUACAUCGUCAGUGCCAGAAGCUGCUGGGGCGGCAGGCAGACCCUGGAGCAGCUACUGCAGCCCAUCGUGCUGGGCCAAUGUACUGCUGUCCCAGACACUGAGAAGGAGCAGGAGUGGACCCCCAUAACUGGGCCUCUCCUGGCCCUCAAGGAAGAGGACCAGCUCCUGGUCAGGAGACUGAGCUGUCAUGUCCUGAGUGCCAGUGUGGGGAGCUCUGCGGUGAUGAGCACGGCCAUCAUGGCGACGCUGCUGCUCUUCAAGCACCAGAAGGGUGUGUUCCUGUCGCAGCUCCUGGGGGAGUUCUCCUGGCUGACGGAGGAGAUACUGUUGCGUGGCUUUGAUGUAGGCUUCUCUGGGCAGCUGCGGAGCCUGCUGCAGCACUCACUGAGCCUGCUGCGGGCGCACGUGGCCCUGCUGCGCAUCCGCCAGGGCGACUUGCUGGUGGUGCCGCGGCCGGGCCCAGGCCUCACGCACCUGGCACAGCUGAGUGCUGAGCUGCUGCCCGUCUUCCUGAGCGAGGCUAUGGGCGCCUGUGCAGUGCGGGGGCUGCUGGCAGGCAGAGUGCCGCCCCAGGGGCCCUGGGAGCUGCAGGGCAUAUUGCUGCUGAGCCAGAAUGAGCUGUACCGCCAGAUCCUGCUGCUGAUGCACCUGCUGCCGCAAGACCUGCUGCUGCUAAAGCCCUGCCAGUCUUCCUACUGCUACUGUCAGGAGGUGCUGGACCGGCUCAUCCAGUGCGGGCUCCUGGUUGCUGAGGAGACCCCAGGCUCCCGGCCAGCCUGUGACACAGGGCGACAGCGAUUGAGCAGAAAGCUGCUGUGGAAACCGAGUGGGGACUUUACUGAUAGUGACAGUGAUGACUUCGAAGAGGCUGAGGGCCGGUACUUCAGGCUCAGCCAGCAGUCACACUGCCCAGAUUUCUUUCUUUUCCUCUGCCGCCUGCUCAGCCCGCUGCUCAAGGCCUUUGCACAGGCUGCCGCCUUCCUCCGCCGGGGCCAGCUGCCCGAUACUGGUGAGGCCCUUGUUCCCUUGCAGUCCUCAAGGCAGGCUCUGUCUGUGCUGGGCGCCAGGUCUAGGUCUUCUCUCUUCUGCAGAGUCGGGCUACACAGAGCAGCUGUUCCAGUUCCUGCAGGCCACCGCCCAGGAAGAAGGGAUCUUCGAGUGUGCAGACCCAAAGCUCGCCAUCAGUGCUAUCUGGACCUUCAGAGACCUAGGGGUGAGAGGAGCCAGUGUCACCAUCUUCUGUCCCCCUGCUCCCACCCCAAUAGAGUGGCCCAGGGAAACCCAGCUACUCCACAGGGCUGGCCUGAUGGUGCCUCAUUAAGACCCUGGGAUUUACUUGGUGUCUUCUAGCAAUAGAUGUGGUGAUGGGUUGGAGAAGGUGGGAUGGUUUCCUGCCUCUUGGUCUCCCAAAUCACUGGCUCAUCCUUCUAGGUGGGGUAUUGGGGCUGCUUUGACGCAGCAUUUGCACUCAAACACUGGGUCUAAGGGGCCAAAGGUCUCAAGGCAGGUUUCUGGGGGACAGGCCUGGCCCCUGGGCCAUGUGGACACAGUCCCUGUGGUGAGCGCACUUA